GUUUAUCUCACUCGCGGACACUCGAAAUUUCGGCCGUCGACACGCUGCCCACACUCGUUCGGUUAUCGCUGUCCAACAUGGAGAAAGACGCUAUAGCCAGAUUAAAGACCAAAAAGAGGCCAGUUAGCCAACAGCCAAGCAAAAGGUGCCUAUAUCGAUCAUCCAACAUGGAAAGACGCUAUAGUCAGAUUCCAGGUCAUAAGGUCAUGGAUCAGGGUGUGCCAAUAAGGGAUCCCUUUGUUCCCCUAGCUGAGUCUACCGCGAUGGACGACCCAUUGUUCAGGGAAGAGUUCGACCUCUUAGAUGAAAUUCUGGAAACUGAUCGGACUGAAAGGUCUAGUUCUCGAGAACCAGAUAGCAUUAAUAAACCGACUGUUCCUCUCACUGAAGAUGAUGAAGAGAUAUCUCCUGAUUUGAGUGAUUUACUUCCAAAGAUUCGUAAGAUUAAAGAUCAAAAUUUCAUGAAACCUGUUGAUCCCGAGUUAUGUCAAUUGUUAAAGUUAUUGAGUAAAGGUCUGAGUAUUACUGACAGACAGUAUGAAUUUUCCAAGUAUUUACGUGAUCAAGAAAAAAUGCAUCUACCAGCCUCAUCUACAUCACACAGAGAAAUCAUGGAGAUGGCUAGUUCACUGUCUUUUUGGCUAAGCUGACUGUUAAUCGCGACAGAUAGAUAGACUGUAUGAUAAGCAGCCAAUCAAUAUUAUGUGACCUUUUUGUCGCGGUUAUUGGCGAAUUAAUGUAACUCACACCACGUGAUGGUGACCUUGAAUGUUCUUUUUUGUCUGUCACUCUACUUGUAUAUACAUGUAAUUAACUGACUGUUCAUUUUGUCCGUACCUUCAAUACUGUUCGGUACGUUUUUAUCCUAUUUUUGUAAUGACAGUCGAUUUGUACAUUUUUCUUGGUGUAAUUGUCUGAUUUAUUUUAUGUUUUAGAAACAGAUAAAGUUAAAGUCAAGUC